AUGGCAAACUCUCAGCCACCGUUACACUUGACCGGAACUCCUGUUCCUCCAUCGGGCGAUGCUUGGAAGACGUUGCUCACCGAAGCCGUUGAGGAGUACGAGAGGAUCACUAGGAAGAAGCUGGAUGAGCUGCCGUUUGCUCAAGACGUGAAGCGAUGCAACACGGUGGACGAUUUCUGCGUUAUUCUGGCCCAGCACAAGCAGACUUUCGGAGACUUCCGCUCUCAGGACAACGGCAUCAGACGCGUUCUCAAGCCCCUCACGGCUGUCCUGCAGUUCGUCAUCAACCCUGUGGCUGAAGGGACGUCCGCUGUGGUUCCGGGAGGGAAAGGGAUCCUUGUUGCUUUUGCGGCCUUGCUCGAGGCUACCAACAGAGUCAGCACCAAAUACGACUCGCUGGAACUCAUCCUCGAUCGGUUCCAGCCCUGUUUAACUCGCCUAGACAUCUAUCUCAUCAAGCUCCCUGCGGCUCACCGUCAGCUGCUCCACAACACGUUGCUGAAGAUUCUGGUCCUCAUAAUCAAGACAUUUGGGCUCUUGACGUUGUAUAUCCAGAAAAUGCCCAAGCCCAGUAAAUUCCGGCUCCAGCCAGCAAAGAUGCGCAUAAAGGAUUGGGUGCUCCAGAUGCUUGGAUCUGAUGAUGUGCAAGGUGCUCUCAAUGAGCUUGACCAGCUCACCAAGGAGGAGAGCCUUGCCACAUCACUGGAGAACCUCCUGGUGUCAUUGGGAAUACAAAGGUUGAUUGUUGAGGAUCAUAUCCAAACAUGGCUUGAUCCCUACAACACGGGCAAGCGUUUUGAUGAUCUUUCUCAAGUCAAGCAUGAUGGAACAUGUGAAUGGUUCUUUGAUGAGCGAUUUGAGAAGUGGAUUGGGUUGGAAAACUCAAUGUAUUGGGUCCAUGGCAAGCCAGCUGGUGCUGGGAAGAGUGUAUCAAUGUCUGCAGUGGUUGAGCACCUGGAGACUGAGAAGGAGCUCAUUGCAUUUGCAUUCAUCUCUUAUCGUGAGGAGAAAUCUCAGCACUUGCAAAGUGUCCUGUCUGCAUUGGUAUACCAGCUUGCAACCAAGGCAAGGUGUUUCCAUGACCAACUCAGGGUGUCCUAUGACCAGCGUGGAUCAACUCUUUCUGCAUCACCACCUACACUGUUCCAGUGCCUUCUGGACAUGAUCAAAUGUGCACCAAAGCAUGUGAUCAUUCUCAUUGACGGCCUGGAUGAGUAUCCAAACCCUGGCCGCACUCAAGAUCUUUUGCCUUUCUUACGAAAGCUACAUGGUGCCAACCUCAGCAACCUACGCCUCUUGUUAGCAAGCCGGCCAGAGCAGGACAUCCACCAUGUUCUUCAAACAGAAGCAACUCAUUGGAUGAACCUAGAAGAGAAGGCCGGCAGUCGUAAAGAGGACAUCUCAAGCUUUGUCAGAGCUCAGAUCCAGGAGCAUCGUCCAGAUUGGUCACAUGCUAUUCAGAGAAAGGUAGAGGAGAUAUUGACAGGGAGGGCAAAUGGGAUGUUUCUGUUGGUCUCAUUGCAGAUGUCCCAUCUCCUGAUGUGCGAAACAAGUGACAUUGAAAAAGAGUUGGCAGAGUUGCCUCGGGAUGUCACAGGAACAUAUGAUCGGAUCAUGGAGGGACUCCGGGCCAAUGGGUCUUUCCAUCGCUCUCAGAAUCUGCUUGAUGCUAUUGCCAUGGCUUCAUAUGCACUAAAGGAGUCAACUGCAGCAGCUAUUGUGAUGGUUGGUGUGGACUGGGUCAAUGGGACUGGAGCACCACAGCCACCUGAUCCAUUUGAUGCCCGGGAUGUGAUCCGCCGCUGUGCCUCAUCAUUCCUUGAAAUCAAUGGAGCUUCGGAGGUUCGAUUUGUCCAUUUCACAGCCCAGGAGUAUGUGAAGCGGCUCAAUGGUUUUGAUGCGGACAAGGCUGAAGCCACUCUUUUCAUGGCAUUGACCACCGCAGCCUUGCUGGGACUAGUUGACCGGGUGGACAGAUUGCAAUGGCACUUCUCUGCUCAUAGAGUGCAUGAGGUGGAUAUGUGGCCUCUGCUAUCCCGGCUUUUGGAUCCACCCAAUGCACUGCUACCGCAAAUACUGGACAAACUUGGGGAGACCUCAGCAGGAUCCUUGGAGGCAAUUGAUUAUGAAGCAGAGACAGGGCAAUCAGCAGCUGAGUUGGCUGUGGUGUUUGACAGCUGCUUGCACUGGGCAAUGUAUUACAAUUUUACUGUCAAGGCCAAGGCACUGCUGGUGGAUUUGGGCCACCAGAGCAGCCAUUCUCGGCCCAUGCAGGUUCUCAUCCAUGCUGUCACAACAGCCCUCAAGCAAAAGAAUCCUGGGGGAUACUACUUACAGCAGAACUCAUGGGCUAGACCUGAACCCAGAGUUUCAGAUUUCAUAGAUCUUCAGCACAUUGCAGACCAGCUUACUUCUUAAUAUUCUUCUGUUGUAUGUACAUACAAGAGAACACAUGCAUCCCAU